GUCGCUUUCGUUCAGAACAGGUUCCAGUACAGGCGUAACGGCAGGACGGCCUACGAGGAUCUGAAGAUGGUAAAGUACAGGUCCCCUCUUCUGAUCUUUGCCGAGAAUAUCCCAGCGAAGAAAUCUGGAGUUCCAGACAAUCGGCUUACUUCAGCGUGGCAGGCUGGAGUGUGGCUUCGGAGGUCCACGGCUACCGGCGAGCACAUCGCGGGUACUAUGCUGGGCAUCGUGAAGGCAAGGGCGGUGAAGAAGAGGCCAGAGGAGCUGCAGUGGGACAAGGAAGCGUUCGACAAGAUGGUGUUUCCAAUGUGGUCACAGACGGACUUGAAGGACGUUCGCGGCACAGCCGGCUGGACACCGACCGAGGGGCCGAGUUCAAGAGGUUACGGCUUGGUGGAACAGUGGUGGCACUACCAGCUCAACCAGCAGCAGCAACGAAGGCAGCUCCAGGACCGAGGGCGAGACCAGCGGCUGCAAGUCCUAAGCGCGAAGCAGUUGAUCGAGAAGACGGAGGACGUGGAGAUGUCCAUUCAGGUCGUGGAGCAGCUGAAGCCGAACGAGGAGGAGAACGACGAGCAGAUGAACAAGCGCGUGAUCAUGACUCGCAAGUUCACGGAACAGGAAAUCACAAUUGCGAGGUAC